AUGGCGACCCCGCGCUCCGGGGCCGCGCCGCCUGUCACCGGCGACCGCUACCUCGACCUGCUCGUCCGCUUCGUGGCCAGCCACGCCGGCGAGCUGCUCGACGGCUCCUUCACCCUGCGCCUCCACCCCGUGGGCCUCCACUACGUCGCCUCCCGCCUCGAGGCGCUGCGCGAGCUGGAGGCCGUCGGCGCGGGGGCGCCCGUCGACUACCUCCGCGCCUACGUCGCCGACCUCGGGGACCACCGCGCGCUCGAGCAGCUCCGCCGGAUCCUCCGCCUCCUCACGUCGCUCAAGGUCGUCGCCGCGGGGCCAGGGCGCGACCCGGCGCCGCUCUCGCUCCUGCCGUUCGCGCGGCUUCGCGUGCUCGAGCUGCGGGGCUGCGACCUCUCCACCUCCGCCGCCAGGGGGCUGCUCGACCUCCGACACACGCUCGAGAGGCUCGUCUGUCACAACUCCACGGAUGCUCUUAGGCAUAUAUUUGUGAGUAGAGUGAUGGAUAUCAAGGACUCUCCUGUAUGGAUUCGGCUUUCGUACGUCUCUUGUGCUUCUAAUGAUCUCGUACUCAUGGACGAGUCAUUGCAAUUGUUACCUGCGGUUGAAACCCUUGAUCUUAGUCGGAACCGAUUUGCAAAGGUGGAUAAUCUGCGCAAAUGUACAAAGUUGCGAAAUCUGGACCUUGGAUUUAAUCAUUUGCGCUCUAUAUCAUCCUUGAGUGAGGUUUUCAGUCGGAUUGGUAAACUAGUACUUAGAAACAAUGCUUUAACUACUAUACAUGGGAUUGAAAACCUCACGUCGCUUGUGGGCCUUGAUCUGUCUUACAACAUCAUAUCAAAUUUCUCAGAGUUGGAAAUUCUUGGCAGCUUCUCUUUGCUACAGAACGUAUGGUUGGAAGGCAAUCCAAUCUGCUGUGCUCGUUGGUAUCGAGCACGUGUUUUUAGUUUUUUCCAUAAUUCAGAAAAUUUAAAGUUAGAUGAUAAAGGUAUGAACACACAAGAAUACUGGGAAAAGCAAGUAUUGUUUGGAAGCAGACAAAAACAACCUGCUGGCUAUGGAUUUUAUUUUCCUGCAAAAGAUGAUCAUGAGGAUGAAUACACUUCAAAUUCUAUGAUGAAAAAGAUUUCCCGACUUGCCUGUAUUCUGGAGGAAGAGAGAAGUCCUUGUGAUGAAGGUGUGGACCAGCAGUCCAGCCCCCGUGAUAGUGCUAGUUCAAAGAAGGAUGAAGUUGCCGUUGCUGAUAAUGACAUAAAAAUUACUUCUUUGAUAAGUACAGCAGAGUUGAUGAAGAAGGAAAGAUCGACUGACUGGCUGCGUGAAUUUAAGGAGUGGAUGGAUGAAAAUACAGAGAACACAGAUGGUGACAGCCUUUAUGUUGAUUUCACUAACAGAAAUGGAAGUCAGGAAAAACAAAACAGAAGAGAAAAAUUGAACAUAGAGAGCUCCAAGAGUGUCACAGACCUGGCAAAAACAUCAGAAGGUGGAAGCAGCUCAAACCUUGUGGAGUCUAAAUUGUCUUUCACAGAUGAUGCAUGCAACGUCGCUAAUGGCUUCACUGCAGGAUCCUUGAACGAAGUGAAUGCUGACCAAACUCAUGUAAGGGUACACUUGAAUUCUGCCGUACAGCUUCCUCCACUAGAAUUUGUGGGCACUUCACAUCCAGAUUCUUUAUCUGAUGUGGGAGGUGGUGCAAAUUUUUUGCAUACGAACGGAACACCAUCUAAUGCAACAAGCAAGUUGAUAGAACCAAGUCCAUCCUUUGCAUACCCUAGUCCACAGUCACCUCCACAAUACAAGGAAGACAUCCUACGUCGAAGACUUUUUAUGGAGGAAGAAUUUUUGCAGAGUUCAGGAGAUUUCCAAUGUGUUGGUUCUCUUGGUAGUGGUAGCAGCUGCAGUGAUGACUCUUCAGGUGAUUUAUGUUCGUGCAAUUCAGAAGAUGAUUGCGUAGCAAUUCAGACAAAAAGGGAACUAGCCCUGAAUGGUCAGAUUGCUUCAUUUCCUUAUGCAGAUAUUGAUCAUGAGGAAAUGGAUGGGAUGGAGCUUUUCUCACAAGAGGAAAAAUUGUCUGACUGUUCGGCAGAAGAUGACCCAACUUUUACAGAUGCCAUAGAGUUUGGUAUUAAGGAGCCAGAUGACAGUAACCAGAGGAAUGGACAUCUAGGUCAAGAUUCAGGUGGCCAUCUGAUUAGACAAAAUGACAAGCAAAAGGUUAAGAGGAAGAUAUUCCCUAUUUUUAAGGACCGUAAUGGCACUAAACUAGAAUUUACAGAGGCUAAUGGAGAUAAGUUGGAAGAGGGGGGUUCAGUGGGUGCAAAUGGUCACCUGAGCUACGACCUAACUGGAAGUACUAUUUGCAAGGAUCAAAGCUCAAAAAAACACUAUUCAAGUAUCUUGCACAAGAAUAACUUGUCGAUUGAUGCCGAUACAGUUACUUGCAACACUGAUAGGGAUAAGUACAAGCUUAUAGAGGAUUUCUUCAAUUUGGAAGUUGCUAAUGUUGAAGAGUCCGAAAUAUGUGAACAAGGAGCUCGUUGUGGAUACAUAUUUCAAGAUGGAAGCGAUUUAAUUCAAAGAACCAAAGAUUAUCAGUACAAGUACGGAUUACUUCUUUUUCUAGAAGUAGCCUUGUUGAGAAGUUCUCAGAAUAAAUUGUAUGUUCUGCUAGUUGAUAUGGAGCAAGAUGAACAAGAAAUUAUGCCAAGAGUUUUGGGGUGCUAUAGGCUUGAAGAUCUGGAAAAAGUUUUGACUGGGCUGGGUCUACAAGCACUAAGGGUACACAUGGCAGAUCAUACAGCUCAUCUAUUCUUGACACGUACUUCCAAGGAAGCACAAGAUGUACUUUGGCUCUUGAAUCUGUUCAGCUUUCCACAGUUAACUAGCGGGGUAUCUUUGCAAAGUUGGGAGAAGAUUCAAGUUAAAUUGCUUGAGAAAUGUAUAUGUGCAAGUUUGAAGAUGGGGAUAUUUCUCUACUCCAUGUUGAUGUUUUGGAAGAAUGAUGCUGAAGAGGAAUCCCUGGUUAUUAGAUCCCUUGUUGUUACCGAAGGAUCAAUAUGUGUGUGCAUUGAGAACCUACAUCAGUUUGGUUGCUUUCCUGAUGAUUCACAUCCUCCAUAUUUUUCUCUCGAUGAAUGCUGCUCUAUCAACAGUAUUAAGGAAGUGGUUGUGGAUCAGCGUGACAAGGAAUGCUUGACAUUAAUUUUGCACAAACACAUAAACGAAGGAAAAUUUCACAGCAGCACUGGAAAUUCGCAGAACAAGCAAGCAGAUGAAAAUUACACAGUACAUACAUGGAAACUGAAGUGGUUUUCUGAAGAAACUCUUUUGAAGUUCAUUUCUGUACUUAGGGCUCUUUACUCUGGAGCAGUUUCUUCGCCGUUACCUGUAAAGUGUAUAUCCUGA